AUGUUCGAUGAAUUUAAUGAAGAGUUGAUUAAUUGUCCAGCAGGUUGUGGACGCAAGUUUAAUAAAGACAGCUUGAUAAUCCAUUACAAAAUAUGUAAGGAUGUAUUCUAACAUAAACGUUGUGUCUUUAAUUCUUAAUUAAAAAGAGUAGGAUAUGACUAUUUUAUUGGAAAUCAAAAAAAAUUACCUUAAUUUGUAUCACCUAGAUCAAUUAAAAUUAAAACUGAAAAUAUUUAAAUUAAAACACCUAAGAUUACAUCUAAAUAUUUAUAGGUCAUUUCCACAAAAAAAUUUUGUAAAGGUUGUUUGAGAGAAUUUGAUAUUAAGAUAGCUGAUGAUCAUAUAUAAAAAUGUAUAUUGAAAUUGCCAAAAAUUAAUGGUUAUUCUAAACUCAAUUGA